AUGUCAACGGCGUCGACAUGGAUUCUGACGACUACACCAACGUCCUCAGCUUCUUCCACCUCACACAUCCCAGACUUGCCAUGCUCAACGUCUGCCUUCAAGAGGCUUUCCAGUUCCACGCUGCCGGACGUCCAUCCCAGAUUUCCAUUCGUUGCCUGUGCAAAAGAGAUGGCUGCAACUUACCAGAGGGAUUCACCACGUUCCUCGAUUUCAACAAGCCCAAUGCCAGAGACGUCUUUCUAA